AUAAAAUCUCACGCGCACUCCAACUCGGAAUAAUAUAACACACCUGCGUUUCCUCCUCUUCUUCUCAAUUCUAGGGUUUCCAUUUCUCUCAUCCUCUUCCUCCAUCCUUCCAAUUUCUUACCAAUUCCUGCUGUUCUCGUGUUGUUUUUGCUUUUGUUGGCGCUGAGAUAAGGAAUUUUUUGACUAUGGAAUCGUCUGGAGGGAACUCCGAUCCUUACCGAACGCCGGCGGCUGGUUCCGGCGUGUCCCGGCGGUAUGAUGUGCAGUUCUCGGCGUCAAAUUUCAUACAGGCGCCGCUCUCGGCGCUUUUGGAGUAUUCCGGGAUUCUGAGACCCAGAUCGAGUCAUUCGGAGACGGAGAGCUUGGUUGGUGGAGGAGUGGCCGGCCCUGGCCGGCCGGAUGAUUCCGGGGUGCCGAGCAGUGGCCGUGGUGAGGUGUCGAUUAGGAUUAUUGGUGCUGGGGAUCAAAUGGGGAUUGGUCCGGGGUCGGGGUCUUUGCAGCCGAUGGCGGUCGGUGGGGGAAGAGAAGGGGUUGCUGUGGAGCACGCUGGGAUGGCGUCGGAGAGGCAGGUGGGAGAUGAUGGGAGCCAAGGUGGGGUCGGGGAGGCUGUGAAUUCAUCUAAUUCUGUACCGAUGUCCUCUUCAAGUUCUGGAAUUGGGAAUGGAAUGAAUGUGGAAGGUGAGGCAGGUGCGGCCGGAGGGAAUGGAGGCGGGUCUUCGUACCAGAGAUACGAUAUACAGCAAGUGGCAAGGUGGGUCGAGCAGAUAUUGCCAUUCUCGUUGCUCUUGUUGGUGGUUUUUAUACGGCAGCAUUUGCAAGGGUUGGCAGGUUUCAUUGGUACCAUUUGGAUUGCAGCGGUGAUGUUCAAGUCAAAUGAAAUUUUGCGGAAACAGACUGCUUUGAAGGGGGAGAGAAAAAUUUCUGUUCUUGCUGGGAUCACACUUCUUUUCAUGAUUCAUGUGUUUGGAGUUUAUUGGUGGUAUAAGAAUGAUGAUCUUUUAUAUCCAUUGGUUUUACUUCCUCCAAAGGAAAUACCUCCGUUUUGGCAUGCCAUUUUUAUCAUUAUGGUUAAUGAUACAAUGGUGCGCCAGGCAGCUAUGGUUGUCAAGUGUGUGCUGCUUAUGUACUAUAAAAAUAGCAGGGGUAGAAAUUACCGAAAGCAGGGCCAAAUGCUGACACUUGUGGAAUAUCUUCUGUUACUGUACCGUGCAUUAUUACCUACGCCUGUUUGGUAUCGGUUCUUCCUCAACAAGGAAUAUGGGAGCCUCUUUUCAUCUUUGACUACGGGAUUGUACUUGACGUUUAAGCUGACAUCAGUUGUUGAAAAGGUUCAAUCAUUUGUCACUGCACUAAAGGCAUUGUCACGUAAAGAUGUGCAUUAUGGAUCUCAUGCAACCACUGAGCAGGUUGUUGCAGCUGGAGACUUAUGUGCAAUCUGCCAAGAAAAGAUGCAUGCCCCUAUUUUACUUCGUUGCAAGCAUAUAUUCUGCGAAGACUGUGUAUCUGAGUGGUUUGAGAGAGAGCGAACAUGCCCGCUGUGCCGGGCAUUGGUUAAACCUGCAGAUCUUCGAUCAUUCGGUGAUGGUUCAACGAGUCUUUUUUUCCAGCUAUUUUAGAUGGCUCUCAUGAACUGUGGCAGAUUAUGCCAAACCGCGGAUAUAUCUUGUGCCUUGGUCAUAUUGUUGCAUCUCGCUGAUCAUUUAUUGUUUUCCUCUGUAAGUGCUUCGACCUUGUAGAGGACUGAUCUGUCCAUAUUCCUGUACUCAGUCCUGAAGGUGAAUUUUUAGAAUUGGGAAAAAAAGAGAAACAGUUGUAACAAGAGGACUUUAGUUGACGUAUAUAUAUAUGUUACAGUAUAUAAAAAUAUAUGAAUUGCCAGGACGGGAUAUUGUUAUUUCUUAAUAAGAAAUGUAUAAAACCAUUGCAGAGAGAAA